AUGAGUGUUAAUAAUCAUAGUCAUGACGGUAAAACUUGUUCGCAUUCUUCAGCACCAAAUCCUUACUCUCAAACAUUAGAUGAAUUGGAUUUUCAAAAAUCAAUUCAUUACGCUUGUUUAAAUAAGGACGUUACUCGAGUGAAAACUAUCAUUUCGAAGAAAGGUGGUUCCGUGGUAAACGAAAUUGACAGCACUGGAUAUACUCCAUUACAUUACGCAGCAAGGAAGGGGUAUUUAGAAAUUUGUCGUACAUUAAUAGAUCAUGGGGCCAAUGUUAAUGCCAUAACACCUGAAUUGCUUUCAACUCCAUUACAUAGAGCGUCAGCUUACAAUCAUUUUAAUGUGGUAUCUUUACUGUUAUCUUCUGGUGCAAAACACACUUUACAAGACUCGGAUGGUAAAACUUGUUUACAUAGAGCAUUCGAGAAUGGUUCAAAAGAUGUGAUUCUAAUUCUAAAAAAUUUAAAUGAUUUUGAAUCAUUAUCAAAUAUUAAAGAUAAAAAUGAGAAAAUUCCUAAAUGA